AUGCUAGUUCUUACAUAUAUGUUAUUUCUAUUGUUGCAGGGACAGGCUGAUCUAGGUAAACCUAUAUUAUGUAAGGCCAAGGACAUCUCACAACAGUCACCAUUCUGGCAUUGUAGACUGCUGUUUCAACUAGCUCAAAUGCAUGCAUCAAAGAGAGAGUUUAAUGAAGCCUGUGUGUUGCUGGGUUCCGGGGCAGAAUAUGCUUCAUCAGCUAACUCUCAAUAUACAACACUCUUGUUUCUUCUUAGUAAAGGAAUGUUAUUGUUGAUCAACAGAGAUGCCCUACAGGUGAAUGAAACACUGUCACGGGCUGGGUCUAUGAUAGAACAAUGGACUGGUCCCUCCGUACAAAAAGAAUCUCUUAAAGUUUUCUUUCUUGUCCUUCAAGUAUGCCAUUAUCUUACAGCAGGACAGGUGAAGAGUGUGAAGCCAGCAUUAAAACAACUACAGCAGAGUAUACAAACUAUCACACAGUUACAUACUGAUGAAGAUCCAGUAGGUAGCAACCAAAUUGAUAUGUUUCAGUGGUUGCCAAAGGAGCACAUGUGUGUCUUAGUAUAUUUGGUGACAGUAAUGCAUUCUAUGCAAGCAGGAUACAUGGACAAGGCACAGAAAUAUACAGAUAAAGCUCUCAUGCAGAUAGAAAAACUCAAAAUGUUGGAUGCCCAUCCACUGUUGUCUUCCUUCCAGAUCAUGCUGUUAGAACAUAUUGUGAUGUGUCGGCUGAUCAUGGGUAACAAAACUACAGCUAUACAAGAGAUAUUUCAAGCUUGCCAUGUAUGUCAAUCACAACCAAGACUUUUUUCAACCCAUGGUUCACAGAUCCAUACUCUGCUGGGUCUAUACGCCAUGUCUGUUAACUGUAUGGAGGCAGCAGAAGCUCAGUUUCUCACAGCACUAAAGAAAUCAGAAAGUACAGACUUGUCAUUGUUCAUCAAUAUGAAUUUAGCCAUUGUAUUCCUACGCAUGGGAAGACAAGAUGAUUUUCUUGGACUGCUAGAGAAAAUUGAUCCAGAAAAAAUGGAACAGUCAAAUUCACACAGUUUGAAAGCAGCUGCGUAUUAUGUACAAGGACUGCAAACUUUCUUCCAGGCCAGAUACAAUGAAGCUAAACGUUAUCUUCGUGAGACAUUAAAGAUGGCAAAUGCUGAAGAUUUAAAUAGACUAACAUCAUGUUCUCUUGUGUUGCUAGGACACAUUUUCUUGUCACUAGGUAACAGUAGGGAGUCAUUAAACAUGGUUACCCCGGCAAUGCAGCUGGCAGGUAAAAUACCUGAUGUACAUGUACAAUUAUGGGCCUCAUCACUUCUCAAAGAUCUGUAUCAGAUGUCAGGUGACAAAGCAAAUGAGGAAGAAGGUUGUAGAUUACACACCAGUUUCUCUGCCUCACUUCUCAAAGAUCUCUUCCAGUCUACACAGCUGUCAGAACAUGGCCUUAUACAGUGGACAGAAGGACCUUGUCCAUUUCACUUGAAUACAUCAUCAGCCAAUGCUAUAAUGUGAACAUAGAUUAUUGUAUAUAAACAGUUGCUGGAUGCCUUU